CCCCCCUUUCCAAGUACCGGCGAAAAUCCCGAACCGGGGAAAACCCAGAUUCGAUUUUUAUACACAAAAAUGGUUUCGGACUCGGACCUGGUGGCCCGACUCAGAGAAAUCCUAUCGCAGUCGGACCUCGACACCGCCACCGCAGGCAGUGUGAGGAAACAACUCGAGGAAGAAUUCGGCGUCGACUUAUCUGAUAGGAAAGGUUUUAUGAGGGACCAGAUCGACGUUUUCCUCGAAACCCUAAAUCAGGAAAACGAAAAGCACGAACAUGCGCCUGGUUCUGAAAAUGAAAAUGACGUGCUUCAAGAAGAUGAUGAUGAUGACGAUGAAGAAGAAGAAGAAAGCAAGGGAGAAGGAAGUCAAACAAGAGCAAGUAAAGCCGAUCAAAAAGUGAAGAAAAGAGGUGGUGGCUUUCAGACAGUGUGUAGCCUUUCUCCUCAGCUUCAAAAAGUAGUAGGAGAGUCUAAAUUGGCCAGAACUGAGGUAGUGAAGAAACUUUGGGUAUAUAUCAAGGAGAAGAAUUUGCAAGACCCGAAUAAUAAGCGAAAUAUUAUAUGCGACGAACUACUUCGUGCUAUUUUUCGCAUAAAUUCUAUUAAUAUGUUCCAAAUGAAUAAAGCACUGACCAAGCAUAUCUGGCCGUUGAGUGAAGAUGAUGAAGAUUCGAAUCAUGAGAUGAAAUGUGAAGAUGGUGAUGAUUCUGUCUCCUUAAAUGCUGAAAGUGCAAAGGAAGAGGAGAAAGAAGAGGAAAAGGAAGAUGAUGAUCCUGAAAAGGAAGACGAUGAUGAUCCUGUUUCCACAAAUGCUGAAAGUUCAAAAGAAGAAGAGAAAGAAGAGGAAAAGGAAGAGGAGGAGGAAAAGGCUGAGCACGUGGGUAAUGCACAUAGAAGCAGGAACAAAAGGUCGUCUAAAGUGGAUAAAGAUAUCAAGAGAAGGGGAGGUGGGUUUAGUAAGUUGUGUAGCCUUUCCCCACAGCUUCAGGAAUUUAUUGGAGAAUCUGAACUGGCCAGAACUGAGGUUGUUAAGAGAUUGUGGGCCUAUAUCCGAGAGAAGAAUUUGCAAGAUCCGAAGGACAAAAGAAAUGUAUUAUGUGAUGAAUCAUUGCGUGCUCUUUUCGGUGUAAAUUCUAUCAACAUGUUUCAGAUGAACAAGGCUCUUUCCAAACACAUAUGGCCAUUAAAUGAGGAAGAUGCUCAAUCUGACUCUACAAAAUUGGAAACAAAAUCUAAACAAGCAAUGGAGAAGGCUCAAGCUGAAUCUGCGAAAACGGAAAGAAAACCUAAAAAAGCAAGGGAGAGGGGUGCAUCAGAGCCAAAACAGAAAGAAAAGAGGCAGAAGAAAGGAACAUCUGGUUUUCUUGCUCCUCUUCCUCUUUCAGAUGCUCUAGUGAAGUUUUUUGCUACCGGUGAAAAUGAACUAAGUCGUGCUGAUGUUGUGAAGAGAAUAUGGGACUACAUAAAAAAGAAUGAUCUUCAGGAUCCAUCUGAUAAGAGGAAGAUCUUAUGCGACGACAAGCUCAAAGAACUUUUCGAGGUGGACUCCUUCAAUGGCUUUUCCAUGACAAAGCUUCUGACUACUCAUUUCAUCAAGCUGGAACAGUGAGUAAUUUCUUCUGUGUAUAUAACAUAAACAUAAGCCUGGAACUAAAAGUGGGCAAUUUUGCUUGGGGAAUGAAACUAGGGUUCUUGCUGUUGUCUGGUAACUGUAACUUUCAAUUAUGUACUACAAAACUGCAGCAGCAUCUUUUGAGGAAGAAGU